AAUAUAUUUAAAGAACUUAACCUUGUCUAUAACCCAUCUUCGAGAACAACUUUAUCAAACCGAUUGUUUGAUAAAGAAUUAGCACAAAUAAAUAAAGCAAUUAACGAUGAUCUAAAUAAGGCAGAACUUUUGACUUUAG